UUUAAUUUCCUACAAAGAACCUUCACCUAAUUAAACUGUACCCCCAUAAAGUGGGGGCACUUCUCUCAUUCGAUUCUAAUCUUGAAUGGAGAUAUUUUGUAUAGCUUCGUUCCUAGACUAAUUAAAGAGGCCUGGUAUGUGGUAGGAGCCUAGGAUAGAACAUGUAACCAUUUUGGGAUGAUAAUGAUAAUGAACAAAAUGUGGCGCUAAAGAAACAACCUAUUUGAUAUGUAAAUCUAGGCUAUAAGAGUACAGCUUCCUUUGUUCUUGAAAAUGUAACCUUUAUUUAACUAGGCAAGCCAGUUGAAGAACAAAUUAUUAUUUACAAUGACGGCCUACACCGGCUAAACCCGGACGACGCUGGGCCAAUUGUGCGCCGCCCCAUGGGACUCCCAAUCACAGCCGGUUGUGAUACAGCCUGGAUUCAAACCAAGGUGUCUGUAGUGACACCUCAAGCACUGAGAUGCAGUGCCUUAGACCACUGCGCCACUCGGGAGGCCAACGGGCUUUUUGAUUCAUGUUUUUGAUUCAUUCAUUCAAGUUCAUUGAGAAAUAUCCUACUUUGUUGGACACCAUUGAGCUAUAAAUAGCAUGUUUCCGCUCAAUAAUUAUAUAGAACAUUAUUUGCCUAUGCAAAUCAGGCGGGCAUGUUUAAAUUGUCAGAGGGCGUCCUUCUGUGGCAGUUCACGGUACUACAAAUACAAAUCCUCUACUCUAGGCCUGCUCUAUUCUAUUCUGCAGUUCCCUCAUCCAGAAACAAGGGCUCAUUGGGGUUCUAUAUAGAACCUAUUGGUUCUGUAUAGAACCAUUUCUUAUAAGAGUGUAGCCAACAUGUUGUACACAGCGAUUGGAUGACAAGAUGUUUUGUGGGUCUCAAGCUUUCUGUCUUCUCACCCUGUUAGUGACUUCCUCAGUCAGAGCAGCCUACAUGAUUGGAUAAUAGGGAACCAUCAUUCAGUGUUGGGGCUGUGUGUAGCCCUGCAUGAGGAUAUAGAGGAGAUGAAAAGGUUGGGACUGAAUUGGCCACUGAAAAGCUUCUGGUGUCUACUUUUAUUUAUUUAUUUUUAUUUCACCUUUAUUUAACCAGGUAGGCUAGUUGAGAACAAGUUCUCAUUUACAACUGUGACUUGGAGACCUGGACCUACUACCGUUAUGCCCUUGAGCAAGGCACUUAUUCUGUAACACAGGAUGACUCUCAAAAGACAGCAAGGCACAUCUCUGACAUUCUGUCCAUUGCAGCACCUGUCUCUGAAGUUAUGCUGGCCCAGGACAUAUCUCCUACCAUCCUCCUCUCUUCAAGUCAUGGGGACUAGCCCAAGACAUAUCAUCUCUUAUCCUCCUCUCUUCAAGUCAUGGGGGCUAGCCCAGGACAUAUCUUCAACCAUCCUCCUCUCUUCAAGUCAUGGGGACUAGCCCAGGACAUAUCUCUUACCAUCCUCCUCCAAGUCAUGGGGGCUAGCCCAGGACAUAUCUUCAACCAUCCUCCUCUCUUCAAGUCAUGGGGGCUAGCCCAGGACAUAUCUCCUACCAUCCUCCUCUCUUCAAGUCAUGGGGACUAGCCCAGGACAUAUCCCCUACCAUCCUCCUAUCUUCAAGUCAUGGGGACUAGCCCAGGACAUAUCUUCAGCCAUCCUCCUCUCUUCCCUGGUCUUGUCUAUUCUCUUCAUCUCUCUCGUUCCCUUCUUUCCAUCUUCUCAACCCCCCCAAACGCACACACGUCGACAGAUCUCCCAACAAGCCAAAACGGGGACCCGAACCAGCUCCCACCACGGCUAAGGAUUGUAUCCAGGCACUCCGCGUUGCGUCGUGCUUAAGAACAGCCCUUAGCCGUGUUAUAUUGGCCAUAUACCACAACCCCUCGGUCCUUAUUGCUUAAUUGUCCUCUUGGGACAAUCCCAUACACCAGAGGUUUCCUCAGGAAGGUAGGAGAGGUCAAUUUGGGAAUAAUUCUAUGGAAUAGUGUAUAUCCUAGGGUUGGAAUAUUCCGCUAACUUUCCCAAAAUUCCCAGGUUUCCCAGAAAUCCCGGUUGGAAGAUUCCUGAAAUCAGGAGGGAAUACACAGGAAAUCUAGGAAUCCUCCAACCAGGGUGUCUUGAAAACCUGGGAACGUAUCAGCGCAACACAAGCUCCAAAGAAAAUGGCGUCCCUCGCCGUAACUGCAACGGGAUAGGGCCUAUCUAUUUUUUUUGGGGGGGGGGAAUUUUGUUUUAGAUAGAAACAAUAUAGGUUAUAUAUAUAUAUAUAUAUAUAUAUAUAUAUAUAUAUAUAUAUAUAUAUAUAUUUUGCUAAGAUGGCAUCCUGCAGCCACACAUAGACCUAAACUACAGAAACUAAUGCAGCCACACAUAGACCUAAACUACAGAAACUAAUGCAGCCACACAUAGACCUAAACUACAGAAACUAAUGCAGCCACACAGACUUAAACUAGGGAAACUAAUGCAAAAAGCCAAGAUGGUCCCGCCUGGUACGGAAACUGCUCCGCCCACAACCGCAAGGCUCUCCAGCAGGUAGUGAGGUCUGCACAACGCAUCACCGGGGGCAAACUACCUGCCCUCCAGGACACCUACACCACCCGAUGUCACAGGAAGGCCAAAAAGAUAAUCAAGGACAACAACCACCCGAGCCACUGCCUGUUCACCCCGCUAUCAUCCAGAAGGCGAUGUCAGUACAGGUGCAUCAAAGCUGGAACCGAGAGACUGAAAAACAGCUUCUAUCUCAAGGCCAUCAAACUGUUAAACAGCCACCACUAACAUUGAGUGGCUGCUGCCAACAUACUGACUCAACUCCAGCUCACUUUAAUAAUUUGAUGUAAUAAAUGUAUCACUAGUCACUUUAAAAAAUGUCACUUUAUAUAAUGUUUACAUACCUUAUAUUACUCAUCUCAUAUGUAUAUACUGUAAUGUAUAUACUGUACUCUAUACCAUCUACUGCAUCUUGCCUAUGCCGCACGGCCAUCUCUCAUCCAUAUAUUUAUAUGUACAUUUUCUUGAUCAUUCCUUUACACUUGUGUGUAUAAGGUAGUUGUUGUGAAAUUGUUAGAUUACUUGUUAGAUAUUACUGCAUGGUCGGAACUAGAAGCACAAGCAUUUCUCUACACUCGCAGUGACAUCUGCUAACCAGGUGUAUGUGACCAAUAACAUCUGCUAACCAGGUGUAGGUGACCAUUAACAUCUGUUAACCAGGUGUAUGUGACCAAUAACAUCUGCUAACCAGGUGUAGGUGACCAUUAACAUCUGCUAACCAUGUGUAUGUGACCAAUAACAUCUGCUAACCAGGUGUAGGUGACCAAUAACAUCUGCUAAACAGGUGUAUGUGACCAAUAACAUCUGCUAACCAGGUGUAGGUGACCAAUAACAUUUGAUUUGAAGUGUCUAUUGUUGUUUUUAUUUAUUUGUAGGGGUUGCUACAUUUUUUGUUUGGGCAAAUCAAAUAAGAAAUUUUUAACUGGAAAUUACAAACUUUAGAAGCCUUUUUGUACCUUGAAUACACUACAAGUUUCCAUUUCCUGCUGUGCAGGACAAUUCUCUGCAACAAAAGUGAUCCAUUUAAGAUCUUACAUCUGUAGCUACUUCUGUUAAGUAAUUUAGUAGUAGGUUAACAGGUGCGUUCAUUCCGGAGCAAGAGGCCUGCAUGCGUUCAGUCUGAAUAAUGCCUCUUCUCCCUUCUCAAGAACCAACCUGUUUUACCACUUUGAAAUAGGCCCAACUACACCCUGAUGACAUGGAGCUGUCAGCUGAUCUUCACACAAUGUUUAGUUCUGUUGGUUCAUGUCUUCACGCAGUAGGCUAGGCACACUCACACUCAUUGCUACAGUGCUAUAGGCUAUGUUGUUGCUCUCCAUCUUCUAGACUUCGGCUCCUUCUUGUGUAAGGGAACGUUUUCAGAUGACGGAAGGAAGGAUGAAGGCAGACCAGGAUGCUCCUCCCCCCUCCCCCGGAUUGGAGGGUUUAGCGAUCCGGUGUCGGGAAGUGUGUCGGUCGUACGGGAAACUCAAAGUCCUGAGUAACCUCAACUUGACCGUGUCACAGGGACACAUCUACGGCCUGCUGGGUCCGAGUGGAUGUGGGAAGACCACGCUGUUGAAAUGCAUUCUGGGAACACUGAAGAUCUCCCGAGGGCACAUCAGCGUGUUGGGGAAGCCGCCCGCAUUUCCUGGACACCAGGUCCCUGGGAGGAUGGUGGGGUACAUGCCACAGGACCUGGCGUUGUACAAUGAGUUUUCUAUCAGUGACACUCUGACGUUCUUUGGACGGAUCCACGGCCUGUCAGCUACGGACACCCAGGCACGCAUGGACUUCCUGGUGGACUUCCUGGACCUACCUCACAACAGCAGCCUGGUUGGAAAACUCAGCGGAGGGCAGAAACGGAGGGUGUCUCUAGGAGCAGCCUUACUUCAGAACCCCCAGUUAUUGAUUCUGGAUGAACCCACAGUCGGGGUGGACCCUGUGCUGAGAGCCAAGAUCUGGCAGCAUCUAGUAGAGAUUGUGAAAACUGGAAAAGUAUCAGUCGUCAUCACCACUCACUACAUCGAGGAGGCCAGGCAAGCCAAUGUGUCAUCUUUGCACGACGUCCACGCCUAG